UUCCCACACUGUCACGGGCGCUGUCCGCCCUUCCGACAAGAACCUCCUCUCUGUUCGCUGUUCACCCGAUGGCUGCUACGGAGAAUAGCGCCCCAAAUCCGAGCUCCCACACGCCUCGUUACUCCAUCAAUGCCUCCCUCUCCGACAGUGAUCCUUCUCUCCCUCCUAUGAGUCUCUCGGUUUCGCCGGCAAUCGACAAUGCUGGCAAGAAACCUGCUUGGUACAGGCCUUCCAAUUGCUCCGCCGAAGUCAGGCCCGUGAUGGGGGGCGACUCAUGGCCUGCUCUCUGUGUUUCUGCCAGGGUUUCCUCUAUGAAGUCUCACUCUUCGGAAUCCUUGAAAGGCCUUUCUGAUGGAUCAUCAUCAACGCCGCCACUGCAGGCUGCUGAAAUUCCUUCUGCUUUUGCUCGGAAACAAUCUGUUGGCAACACCAGUGCCGACCCCAGUGCUAUCGCUACUUUGUCUGAGAACCAUAAUGUGAAGGGCCAAAAGAAAGCUUUUAAACGGAACAACUCCAACAUAUCUUCAAAUACCGGCGUCUCUAACCAUCAGAGUCUGGCAAUGUAGAAACUCCGCCUUUAAAUACCAUCUCUUCGAGAGACAGCCAGAGGAGUGGUUCUUAUGGCGGAGGAUAUCCACUGCACCGAAAUUCAUUUAGGAACCGUAAUGGAGGGUCUUAUCCCCGUGGCGAUAAUAGUGUUCACCAGCAGAACCAUGGAAACAGGCGAAAUGAUGACCAUCGUAACCAGACUGUGUAUCCUCCUCACUGUAAUCACAACGGGAGAGAUGUGCACAUUGAACCGCAGCAAGGUCUAGGGCUUGUGAGACCUCAUGGGCUGAUGGGUCCUCCGGUUUUUCCUGCUGAUGGUUCACACUAUAUUGCAGGCCCUCAUUUACAUCCAUACGCUGGCCCCGUGCUUUACCCAGAAUAUCCCUCAGCCAUCUACAUGCCGCAUCCACCUCCAGAGUCCAUGUCUUUGGUUGGACAGUGUUCACCUCAACCUAUCUAUUUUCCUGGUUUUGAUCCCAUAUUGUUCACUAAAAUAGUGAAACAAGUAGAUUUUUAUUUCAGUGCCGACAAUUUAAGCAAAGAUAAAUACUUGCGACAGCACAUGGACGAUGAGGGUUGGGUUCCUGUUAGCUUAAAGGCCGGUUUUAGAAAACUUGCUGAACUGACCAACAACGUCCAGAUUAUAUUGGAUGCUGUGAAAAGUUCUGCUUUUGUGGAAGUUCAGGGUGAAUCAAUAAGGAGACGAGGAGAUUGGCAAAAGUAUGUAUGGCCUCGGGAUCUGACUGUAACCGCCACAGCUCAGCCAGCGGCAGGUGCGACUAAGGACGACACACUGGCAGCACAUCUUCAGAACAUUAAGCUGUCAGACGGCAGGAAUCCUUAGACAGGAGGGGAAGAAAGAAUAGAUGCUGUCCUAGAAGACAGCAACAACAAAUGGGGGAUGAGCUUCACAUACCACAGCCGGGGCAUGUCCGAAAUAGAGGUGAGAUGAUAUGAAAUGAAAGAGGGCGUUUCCAUUGCGAAGGCAAAGUGGCCAUCUGUGCCCUCUAUUUGCUGACAGUUUCAUUGCCCUUCUACAACAAUUUCAAUCUCUCUCUAUCUCUCAUCUCUAUUUUUCUUGAUUCCUUUUAUUGUUUCUUCUUUGGAGAAUCGAAUUGGGUAUCCCUUUCCAUGAGGAGAAUGAAUAAUGCAACCCUUUUGACUUGUGCGGUUGCUUGCUAUUGCGAA